AUGCAUUUCGAAUGUUUCUCCAGUAUUUGUACUUGUCAUAUUCUCAUAUUCGAGAAGACAUUCACAAACGAGGGAACAGGUUACGACACGUCUACGGGAUUGUUCACAGCACCUGUUGGAGGACUGUACCAGUUUGUUAUUCAUACAUGUGCUUAUAAAGGAAAACAUUCCUAUCUUGGACUGGUAUUGGAAGGUAACGUUAUUGCAGCAGAUGCUAACUAUGGUGAUGAAUCGUAUGGCUGUAAUAAUUUUGGUGCAAUAGUAAGAGUAAAGUCAGGAUCAAAAAUUUGGGUCAAAUCCACAUCGUCAGGUUCUAACCGCCAGCUUUAUCAAAGCGGAUAUAGGUUCAACACAUUUAGUGGACUACUAGUGAAUAACUGA